AUGAUGCCGCUGAACAAAGAUCUCGCGACAGCGCUUCAGCUUCCUGUAGGCUCUGACGACGAGGCAGCGAGCACAGCGAUAAUAGCUCUACUCACAUCUGCUGCACACGAUGCCAAACCAAAGUACUCUCUUUCGGAGAUACACCAUCUUAUAUCCAAGUCGGGAUGUUCAGAUCUCCUCGAUCCGCUGAAUUCGAUUCCACUGCUUCUAUCGUGCGAUGACCCAGUCGCGGGGGAGUUGUUAUCUCUGAUCGGAGAAUGCUGCUCCGCGAAAGAGGUUGUUAUCUCCGUUCAGGAAGCAGUUGAGAGGCUGGAGGUAUCACUCAACGCUGACGAUGAUGGAUUUGAAGAAGUAGAGCAAGAAAUACCUCGACAGGCGGCCUCCUCGCCUGUAGUUCGCCUUUCUAUUCUCACUGGGCUAUACGCUGCUUCGAUCCCAAGGCUGAAGUUGCGAAAGAAAACAGCUCCGGACACUCUUCGACCUUUACUUACUGAGCUAGAAACCGUGAAUCUUAUGGCUGGGUCCACGGCGUCCACUGAAGAAGGCCGAGCACUUAUUUCUGCGACGGCGUCAUUGGUGAAAAGGGCUGCUCAGUGGGUCAAGGGCAUUCCGGACGCCAAAGAGGAAGACGCCUUAGGAUGCACUCAACUCAUGAAAAAUCUCUUAGACCAAACUUUGACUGCUUAUGCUCACUGUAUCCGCUCAUCCGUGGCACAGAGAACAUUUGAACAAUGUUUCCCUCGACUAACAGUCAAAACUUCAGUUGGUGCGGGGUGGGAAGAGGGAGAGAAAGUCAUUUUAGAAGCUCUCGACGCGUACACCUUUCUUGGGUGCACAUUCAAAGAACUCACAUCAGCACCAACGACGGCCACCCUGGUUGUCGUAGCGUAUCAUCAGACCGGUUUUCCAGACUCAAAUAACGACCUUGCGCCCAUCCUCCCCAUUCUUAUCUCCUCUAUCCAAAUCAACUCCGCCCUCGACGAAUGCUUAUCGAUUCUGCUCAAGUUCCUUCACCGCAUACGAGCGUCACCCGUAUCUCCACCACCCACACUCUCUCCAGAAAUUGUAACGCCUCUAUGUACUAUCCUACCUACCAUCGCCAGUGCCCACCCUGACCCACUCGUCAGACAUCAAGCAUUCCGAAUCAUCUCCUCUCUCCUCACACUCACCCAACCCGAUUUAAGGAUUCAGCUCCUCGCAGACCUUACUGGGGAUUCGCAGCUGCCGCAGAUGCGCGUUGCGGCCGUGGGUCUCGUUAAAGAAGCAAUCAUAGAGUCACUCUCCUCCACGAAACCAAACCCUUUCGCAUCCCCACUCUUCCUGCGUGUCUUUGGCCCUAUACUAUUUAGGCCCGAUCCUCCAGAUUUGUUCAGUGGGAGCAAGGAACUUUCACUGAGUAGCUUCCAAGAAUCAAGCGAACCUCAGCGGUUGAUAGAAUGCUUAGCGCUCUAUUACGUCCUUCUCCAGCGCGAUCACCAGAAUCUGACGGGCAUACGUGAUAAAGAUGUCUUAUCAAGUGUAGAGAGCAGUCUUUUGGAACCAUUACGUUCGAUCUUGGCAAAAUGGAUGAGCCAUCCGUCUGUUUCUGGAAGUAAGCCUUCGACCGGAACAGAUUCUUGGGCCCGUCUGAAUGCUCAUCUCAGGUCAUAUGCAUGCUAUAAUGCCCCUGGUGUCUCUUCAGAUGGGUCUUGA